AUGGCAUCGUCUUCCGCCGCAGCAGCAUCGCUGCUGGGCCGACAGCUCAAGGAGAUGCAGACGGGCAAGGACAUACCAGGAAUAUCGUGCGGCCUGGUUAACGACAAUAACAUAUUUGAGUGGGAGGUCAUGCUUAUGAUUAGCGAUGACUGCAAGUACUACGGAGGAGGCAACUUCCGCGCACGUCUCGUCUUCCCUCCAAAUUACCCCCUCAUGCCGCCCUCCCUGACAUUUCAGACGCCGAUUCCGUUCCACCCCAAUAUCUACCCCGACGGUCGGCUGUGCAUCUCGAUCCUGCACCCGCCAGAGGAGGACCAGUACGGCUACGAGGCGGCCUCGGAACGGUGGAGCCCCGUGCAGAGCCCCGAGACGAUCCUGCUGAGCACUAUCAGCCUCUUCCACGGGCCCAACGACGAGUCGCCCGCCAACGUCGAGGCCGCGCGCAUGUUCCGCGAGGAGAGGGAGGGAAAGAACAAGGACUUCCGGAGGCGGUGUCGGGCUUGCGUCCGGGAGAGCUUGGGGGAGGACUGA